AUGGCUGGUCGCCCGACAUUUUCUCGGACCAACUCCAAUGCUCUUCCCAUCCCAAGCAGUGAUGGCGUCAAUACCAUUGAGAUCCCUUCAAGCCGCAGUGCCAUCAGUGAUGCUGCGGCUCUCAUGCACAAUCUUAGCCUGUCGCCUUCCAUGAAGGAGCGAAGGAGUUCACGCAACUCCUUUGGCACUUCCCUUCCUAUUCCUCGCUCACCGCGGCAUUCUCGCUUGGGCUCGCAAAGGACAGGACGUCCUGAGGUUUCGAGGGACAUUCUAGCCUCGCAAGUCCAGGAUAUGUCCAAAGAGAAGGUUGAGGCUGCUAAGAACAUGGCUUUUGCUUUUGACAUCGACGGUGUGCUGGCACAUGGUCCUGAACCAAUUGAAGAAGCCAAGGCGGCUCUCAAGAUCUUAAACGGUGAAAACGAAUUGGGAAUCAAGAUUCCUUACAUCCUUCUGACCAACGGCGGUGGUAAGACUGAGGUAGCUCGCUGUGCACAGCUCUCAGAAAUGCUAGAGGCUCCUAUCUCGACUGAGCAAUUCAUUCAGUCUCAUACACCUAUGCAAGCCUUGUCCGAAUACUAUGAGACCGUGCUGGUAUGCGGUGGUGAAGGAUACAAAGUGCGCGAAGUCGCUGAGACUUAUGGCUUCAAGCAUGUUGUUCACCCGAAAGACAUCCUUGCUUGGGAUCCAACCGUUUCUCCAUGGCGCACUUUCUCCGAAGCAGACCGAAAGGAUGCUAAGCCCCGGGAUUUCUCCAAGAUGAAGUUCGAUGCCAUCUUGGUCUUUGCUGACUCCUACGAUUACGCUACUGAUUUCCAGAUCAUUCUGGAUCUCCUGCUUUCUGAAGAUGGCAAGCUCCUUACACGCGCCAAGGACCCUCUUGCUACUCGUAUCCCUAUCUAUUUCUCUCAGGGCGACUUGGUCUUCCCAACCAACCAUAAGGGUCCCCCACGUCUCACUCAGGGUGCCUUCCGUAUCGCUAUCGAAGCCCAGUACAAGGCUAUGACAGGCUGCGAAUUGGAGCGUGUUGUGUAUGGUAAGCCCGAGCGCGCUACCUACACUUAUGCCGACGAAGUCCUCAAACAUUGGAUGGAGGAGAUCCACAAUGAGAACCGCCUGCCGAAGAACGUCUACAUGGUCGGUGACAACCCUCAGUCUGAUAUCAUCGGUGGUAACAUGUAUGGCUGGAACACAUGUCUAGUCCGCACUGGUGUGUUUCAAGGCAAGGAGGGCGAGAACGAUGUCAACAACCCUGCCAGCUUUGGUGUCUUUGAAACUGUUCUGGACGCAGUGAAGGCUGCCAUGCGUAAGGAGCUUGGUCACGACUUCCAGUUGAAAUGGAACCCCAAGGUCAACCCUGUUCUGCACGGCGAUGAGUCCAGCGCUGCUGUUGAUUAA